UAGUCCAAAAAAUAUCGUAAGUGUUUGGGCUCCAAACUGAAUUUCCAAGCUUUGGGGCACAUACAGAUUCCACCCCUCCACUGGAGGCCUAUUCACCAUGUCCGGGGCCAUGACAUAAAGAUACACAGAAAUGCUCCGAAUAUGCCUACUGCUGGCCAAGCACAGAAAUGGAAACUAAUCCAAGGCUGGGUCUUCCGCUCUACUUCACACUGACUCUUUGUCUCCUCACUAUGUGAAUAUGUGAAGUGUCAUUUUUGACAGAAGAAACACUUGUCGAACACCUUCCAUAUUCUAAGUUCCAUUCCUCUGCCUUUCCUAUUCUUUUACCUUGUCGCUAGAAAUUGAAGAGGGAAGGACAGAAGAGGCAUGGAGCUUCCAGAAGUGGAAGCUCUAACUUUCUGCUGCAAGCUACUCUUCCCAGGCCUGUGCACACUGCCACCCCACAUAUUGGCAUGCACCUCUGCACAUCCUUUCUCUCUGAAGAAGAGAAAAAAUGGAGCACAAAAGGUCACAGAUCCACUUCCUUCAGAGGAAGCAGAAGUGCAGAGUGGCUGAUGAGCCCAAGCAAGCAGUCCAGCAGAUAUGUGAACCCAGGCUUGUCCUUGCAAUGCUCUUAGCCACCGUAUGAGGUAAAUGUUUUUUUCUGUUUUACAAGUGAGGGAACUAAAACUUCAGACCGGGUUGGUGAUUUGCUCCAAGACACACAGCUAGUAGACUGCGGACUUGAGUUCAAACCUGUUUCAGAUUCCAAAUUGCUUGCUCUCAACCGAUUGCCUCUGGGAGCCUUCAGGAGAAAGGUCAAUGAGGAUCCCACACUUGACCCCCGUCCCAGGUCUCCUGCCUGGGCCAGACAUUCCAGGCCUGAGGUGAUAGUAAACCGCCUUGCUCCGGGCUUCGGCUGCGGCAACGUGGGGCUCUCCGCUGCAGCACAAGCCGGGGCGCGGGUGUGGUCCGCUGGGCCCACAAUGCCCCGCGCAGAGCCGUAGGCGUGCGUCGGAGGCGGGGCUUGGCGGCCGUCGGCAGUGACCGGCCCGGCUCGAAGCCCGGAAGUCCGCGUGGGUGGAUGUGGGUUCCCGCGGGGUAGGGCUUGGUCCUGUCCUGCUUCCCGACCCGGGCGUGGGGGGCCGACUGAGGCUGCCCACCCUGAUUCCGGGCCUGCCGGCCUCCAAGGGCUGCCGAGCCGCGGUCCCUCGAGGCAGAGGAGGGCCCGCAGCACGCGGAGGCGCCCUCCAGGGCGGACUCCCGCGUCCCCCAGCGCUCUCAGCCCACCCAGGCCUCGGCUCAGUCCUCCUCAGUGGGGCGUUCACGUGCUUCUGGCCCCACAGGCCGCAACGCCUCCGCCCUCGCCGACCUGACUUCCCAUUUCCAACGUGGCGCCGCUGCCGGGCCUAACGAACUGCGUUCCAGAUCAGGCCGGGGGUAGACGCCCGCUGUGCCAGCCUCCCGGCUGGAAACCACUCGCUCUUCCGUGAAGGGGGAGGGACGAGGCCUUUGGUUGGAACUUGCGGGGGAGCCCUUCCUUAAGCAGGAAACAGGACUCCUGGACACCCUAACGUACUCGUCUCUCCUGCCUUUACCCUCCAGAAUCUCCUGACCAUCUCCCUAGAAACAUCAAGAAAUCCUCCACCUUCACGGAAAUCCUUGGCCUACCCGUGGCUUUGCACGCGGAUGCCCAAUACAGUUCCCAAAUUUUCUAAUGUUUACAUUGACAUUAGACAUUAAUUUUCUAAUGUCUACACAGCCCAGGCUGUGUAGUAACAGUAAUGAUAGCCCGUACCGGAAUGGGCCUGUGCGGCGCUGUGGUCUGAGCUUGGAUUAGAGAGUUUAACGGCGAAAAAAAAAAAACAAAACCCCGAGAACUCGCCAGUGAAAAUGUGUUGCGGCUCCAGUAGGAGUCAACUUUCAGGUUCUUAAAGACCUCAAGUCAUUAGCUCCAGCCCCUGCCCUAAAGGGGCCAGUCAACACCUCUGAAGUGGCCUAGCGCGCAACACCAGGCUCCCGAGGCGGCAGCGGUGACUCCAUCCACUCUUCUACCACCGUAUGGACCUGAAGAGCUCCCCGGAGCACAUCUCGGCAGCGCCUACUAGACAGCAAUACCAACACCUCUUGACAUGGAAAUACACUGAUACAAUAGGCAAAAGAAACAGUCGAUAGCAUCUCUCGGUUCCAGGUGGCGUUAUUUGGCCGAUUCUAUCCUGACCUUAUUCCUGUGAUGGAGGAUUCAGGCAUCCAGCGAGGCAUCUGGGAUGGGGAUGCCAAGGCCGUCCAGCAGUGUCUGACAGAUAUCUUCACCAGCGUUUACACCACCUGCGACAUUCCCGAGAAUGCUAUAUUCGGUCCCUGCGUCCUGAGCCAUACUUCCCUGUAUGACAGCAUCGCUUUCAUAGCUCUUAAGUCCACUGACAAGAGAACAGUUCCUUACAUCUUCAGGGUAGACACCUCGGCAGCAAAUGGUUCCUCAGAAGGUCUCAUGUGGCUGCGUCUUGUCCAAUCAGCCAGAGAUAAAGAAGAGCAGAAUCUUGAAGCCUAUAUAAAAAACGGACAGCUGUUCUACCGCUCUCUCCGAAGGAUUGCCAAAGAUGAGGAGUUACUAGUUUGGUACGGCAAAGAACUGACUGAGUUACUCUUGCUCUGCCCCUCUAGACCCCACAGCAAAAUGAAUGCAGGGUCGUCCCCUUACACAUGCCUGGAAUGCAGUCAACGUUUCCAGUUUGAGUUCCCCUAUGUGGCGCAUCUGCGCUUCCGCUGCCCCAAGAGAAUUCACAGCGCUGAUAGGAGCCCCCAGGACGAACAGGGUGGCGGCGUGGGCACCAAGGAUCACGGGGGCGGCGGCGGCAAGGAGCAGCAGCAGCAGCAGCAGCAGCAGCAACAACAACAGGAGGCGCCCUUGGGCCCGGGCCCCAAGUUCUGCAAAGCUGGCCCAUUCCACCAUUACCCGACCUCCUCCCCCGAGGGCAGUAACCCUCCCGGGACUGGAGGCGGCGGCGGCAGCUCGAAGCCAUCCACGGACUUUCACAACCUGGCCCGGGAGCUGGAAAACUCGGGGGGAGGCGGCAGCUGCUCCCCGGUCCGGAGCCUCAGCAGCGGCAGCAGCAGCAGCAGCAGCGGCGGCAGCGGCGUCGGCCACCAGGAGGCGGAGCUGAGUCCCGACGGCAACUCCGCGGGCCCGGGCAAAGGGAAGAGGAAAUUCCCGGAGGAGGCCUCGGAGGGCGGCGGCGGCGCCGGCGCGGGGCUGGCGGGGGCCCGAGGCCGCUUCACCGAGCGGCCCCUGUCUGCCUCCAAGGAGGACCUGGUCUGCACGCCGCAGCAGUACCGCGCCUCCGGUAGCUACUUCGGCCUGGAAGAGAACGGCCGCCUCUUCGCGCCGCCCAGCCCGGAGACGGGCGAGGCGAAGCGCAGCGCCUUCGUGGAGGUGAAGAAGGCGGCCCGGGCGCCGGGACUGCAGGAGGAGGCGGCCGCCGAGGGCGGGGUUGCAACUGUCGACGACCAGGACGCGGGCAGCGGCGGCGGCUCCUCCACGCCCGUGGCCGCGUCGCCGGCCAGUGCGGAGAAGCUGCUGGCCCCGCGGCCCGGGGGCCCGCUGCCCGGCAGGUUGGAGGGCGGCAGCCCGGCGCGUGGCAGCGCUUUCACCUCCGUGCCGCAGCUGGGCGGCGGCGGCGGCGCUGGGGGCGGCGCGGGAGCGGGCAGCGCGGGCGGCACCGGCGGCACGGGCAGCUGCCAGGGCGCCGCGUCGGACGAGCGCAAAAGCGCCUUCUCGCAGCCGGCGCGCUCCUUCUCGCAGCUGUCCCCGCUGGUGCUGGGCCAGAAGCUGAGCGCGCUCGAGCCCUGCCACCCCAGCGAUGGCGUGGGCCCCACCAGACUCUACCCCGCCGCUCCCGACCCUCUGGCCGUGAAGCUCCAGGGAGCCGCGGACCUGAACGGAGGUUGUGCGGCCCUGCAGGGCGGUGGUGGCGGCCUUCCCAAACAGAGCCCCUUCCUCUACGCCACCGCCUUCUGGCCCAAGAGCUCUGCGGCCGCGGGGCCCCUGCAGCUACAGCUGCCCUCGGCGCUCACGCUGCUGCCGCCCUCCUUCACCUCGCUGUGUCUGCCUGCGCAGAACUGGUGUGCCAAGUGCAACGCCUCCUUCCGCAUGACCUCCGACCUCGUGUACCACAUGCGGUCGCACCACAAAAAGGAGUACGCCAUGGAGCCCUUGGUGAAGCGAAGGCGGGAAGAGAAACUCAAGUGCCCCAUUUGCAACGAGUCCUUCAGGGAGCGCCACCACCUCUCCAGGCACAUGACCUCCCAUAAUUGACACGGAAAGGACCGCAGCUUUUCACUCAGCAUGUCCACGCACA